UAUCCCGCUCACAAUCUGUUCCAGUUUUCAUGAAGUGGCUUUCCCAGAAUGUUUCCAAUCGUCCUCAUAGUCUUUUACUCGUUUCUGAAAAUAGUUUUAAGUGUCUCUAAACACCCUCUAGUUCUAGUGGUUUCAUUUGAUUCUUUAAGGCAUGAUUUCGUCAAUAAAAGUGCCACCCCAAAUUUGUUCGCCUUGUCCCAGCUUGGAGUUCGAACAAAAUAUAUGAAGAAUAUUUUUCCGACCAAAACUUUGCCAGUUCAUUUUUCGAUAGCAACUGGCGUUUACGCUGAGGAUCAUGGAGUUCUUGCUAACUCUGUGUUUUACAACAAUCGAUCUCAUAAAUAUUCCAACGCGCUAUUCGAUUAUAAUGAAGACGUUGUGCCCAUAUGGACGCUGAACGAAAAAGCAGGAAAUGGACGACAUAGUGGUUCUAUGAUGUGGCCGGGAGGGGAAUUUCCAUAUCAGGGAGUGAAACCAACCCAUGUGCAACCGUACGACAUGUCCUUUAAUUGGACCAAACGAGCAGAUACAGUCAUCUCAUGGUUCUUGAAUUCCACGGCACCGGCCAACUUUAUCAUGGCUUAUUUUGACAACCUAGAUGUGGUAGGCCACCGGUUUGGCGUCAACGACCCCUCAUUCAAAGCGCAGAUCCAGCAAUGCGAUCAGGCGGCCAAGUAUAUCCAGGAUCAACUCGUGGCGCAUGGACUUCAGGAUAAGGUCAACGUUUUUCUUCUCAGCGACCACGGCAUGGUGUCCGUCAAACAGGAGCAUAUAAUCGAUCUUAACAAGUUCGCCGAUCUCAGUUCCUUCGAUCUCACCGGCACCUCUCCCGUUGUCCAAAUCACUGCCAUCAACACCACACAAAAGAGCUCAUUGAUAAAUAAAACUUAUGCAGAUCUUAAAUCUGGAGAGAAACGCAACGGUCACUUCAGGAUUUUCUUAAGAGAAGAGAUCCCAGACACGUAUCAUUACAAACACAAUGCCCGAGUCUCUGACAUGCUGGCUGUAGCUGAUUUGGGAUACGGUUUUCAAGAUUUGAUGAAGGCCAUCGAAUAUUACAGCAAAACGGAAAAAAUAACUAUGACUCCAAAAAGUGAACUUGGUAUACAUGGCUACAGCAAUGACGAACCAAGCAUGUACCCAUUCUUUAUGGCGUAUGGACCUGGACUGAAACAAAACACAACUGUGCCUCCAUUCAACGUUGUGGACCUGUAUCCCAUAUUCGCCAAACUACUCCAGCUCUCUCUGCCGCGGGGCACUACUCGCUACAAAUUACGAGGGAACCUGGACCUUAGCUCCGCCUUCGUUGUUCCUUCCAAUAUCUCUGGGUGAUGGCUGACUGGCAAGGUGUUUUUUCUUAUUGACUCAUCAACUCUUUUAAUUCAUACCUCCUAUUUUGUGUACAAUGAUCAGUAUUAAAUAAUGGCCAGUGAAUAAUUAAAAGGACGAUUAUUUUAUUUGAAAAUAGGUAAUUUAUUGAUAUAAUAGCCAGGUCCGUUUAGUUUACACUAUUUACAAAACAGGAAAGUCAAAAAUAAUUUGCUAUUGAUAACACAAAAAAACAACAUGCGAUGAUUUCAAAAUGUUAAAGAGAGAAACGGUAAUCAUGAACUAAACAUAAUUCUGAAGCUGAGAAAAAAUAAUGUUAAAAGAUCUACAUACGUAAUGUGAACUUAGAGGGAUCACAAAAAGAGAGAAAAAAUACACAAUUGAUUUGCGAAGCAGCUAAGAAUGUAUGACCAAGUGAGAGAGCAAGAGAAUGAGAUCUCUCAUCGUUCCUCACACUGAUGAGCUAAUGUUAAAGCCGCUUGCAAAGUGAAUUAUAUAGAAUUUUGUGUUUGACAAUCUAACCGGAACGAGGCAGUGGUAACAAACUAAAGGUGGAGAGAAGAAAAUACCUUUGGAAAUUGGGGGAAAGAUGCUUAGAUUUUAGAGCAGCUAUUACGCAAUCCUUUCAAUUGAAAGAUUAAAAUACAGAUUGACAGAUGAGGUAAAUUCUUUCCUGAGGAGAAGUACAAAUAAAAAAGUUUUGUCACACUG